AUGUCUCAUUCCUCAGUUGCCGCAGCACCCUUCUCGCUUCAUCCCGCUCUUUCAGCUACCCCAAGAGGGCAUCAAACUCGUGACAAUGAUUUGCUGCCGCAAAGAACCCAUGGGGUUCGAGAGAAAAUGCUUUUGCAGCUCCAUGGCCAGCAAAUUCGCAUCCCCGACCUGGGACGGCUGAUGGAAGAUUGGCCGAGAGACCAGAACCCACACCUCGAUGCUGUAGACAGCAAGAUUCUCCAGAUCAUUGAGAGCCACGCAGUCAAUGAUGCCGUUCGUGGUCGUCUAACGAAGGCCAUGCUAUCGAAGCAACUGACGGGCUGGUACCCAUAUGCUUCCUGCGAUAGAAUCGAAGCUCUCACUUCCUUCCAGGCCUGGAUGUUCAUCGUCGAUGACAUGCUCGACCAGUACUCGCUCAUACAAAAGUUCGACUUCGCCUCGCUGCAUGUUCUUCUGGCCGAUUGCCGGGACUUCAUUGACCGUAGCCUCGGACUCCUCACUACUACCUCUGAAACCAGUCAACCACAGUAUCGGGAUCAUGACGCCGUUGUAUCAUUUGCUGAGUAUGCUGAAGCUGUCAUGAAGGCCAACGGGGACAAUUACAGCUACCGACAACGCAUCGCCAAAGAAGCUACUGCCACACUUGACGGCUAUCGACAAGAAGCCGUGAACCGGUAUGCUGGUCGAGCCACAUCGCUCCAAGAAUAUCUCGGAUACCGCGAGGCGUCGUCCUGUAUCAUGCAGGUGGCGGUCAACCUCGAGUUCGCCAACGGCAUCAACCUUCCCGAGGAGGUUAUGGCAUCCCCAGAAAUGCGCGAGCUGUACCGAGCUGCUGUUGCCAUCGUCUGGAUCGUCAACGACAUUGUGAGUCUGCGCAAGGAACUCAAGGAAGGUUUCGUCGAGAACCUUGUUGUCUUGCUAGCCAAUGGCGAUGCGCAAAAGGGGCUAGAUGGUGCUGUGACUCGAUUGGAGUACGAAGUCUCUGCGCUCAACGACGCCGUCAAGGCUUCUGCUCGCCGCUUCGACGAUACGCCAUAUAAGAAUCACGUCACUCUGCUGGCGAAAAAUUGCAAAAAUAUGUGUAUGGCAAAUUGGUUAUGGAGUAUGAAGACUCCCCGGUACUGUCUUUCGGACAUCAAGCCCGAUGCUGAAGGCGGGUACACAUUCACGGUUGAUUCCACGCCGGAGGAGAGCUGA